AUAAUAUACACAUUAACAUUAUUUGGAAUCACUCCUCAUCUACUGCUGCCGAUCAACACCGGAUACAGUGAUGUCUCGCUCUUCCGUGUUUGGAGCUCAACAAAUCGCCACCAUGGACCAGCUGACUUGCACAGUCAGGGAUUCCAGUGCCAAAGUUUCAAGUAGUCUCUACGAGGCAGUUUGUCAACUUCGAGGGCAGGAAUCAGGGGAAAAUUUAUCCUCCCCUCAAUACGUCACACCUUACCUGGAAGAUGUUAAGGAAACCUUUAUUAUGGCCGUGGAGCACACCUGUCUCUUGAUUGCAGGAAUAUUAAUGCUUAUCACCAUUAUUAUUCUGAUAGUGGGGACCAUCAUAGUCUCGUGCUGUUCUCGCGACGACGAGAUUGACUACAGAAUGAUUCCCCAAGGUGACUGGCACCCGGAGCAUCUGGACUAUGACAAUAUUUUAGACCUAUUACAAAGUAUUCAGAAAAGCAAGAAAUUUCAAAAUUUACAGGAAUUCUUAGCCCAAGGAAAACAUUUAGUUCAUUUAAACGACAGCUGAUGUAAAUUUCAAUCCGAAUUCAUUGAUUAUACAUCAAGUUAAACAUAACAAAGAAUCGGAUUGGAGACUGAGCAAAUGUCCUUUCAAAUGAAGCCAGCUUCCAUCUUCUCAGGGAUUUAUAAACUUGUCGACUGUUCCUGUAAACUUGUCGACUGUUCCUGUAAACUUGACAACUGUUCCUGUAAAUUUGUCGACUGUUCCUGAAACCUCUCUCAGGUUGUUUUUCAUUCCCUCCAUGAAAUAAACUGAGUUCUGUAGGAUUCUUACAGUUACAAGCUGAAACUUUCGUUUAAAUUAUUGGUAUUUAAAUGAAAUCAGACACUGUAUAAUCAUGUUCGCUAUCCAUCAAUUUGGUGAUGCUCAAAGAAAUCCACUUUUUUGGUGCUUUAGGAUAAACAUAUUGUAUGAGUGCUUUUGUUCUUGAUAAUAUUCCGCAUAAGCAAACAUUUUACAACGUUUCAUUGUUUUAUAUAUACACAUUAUAUUUUGAUGAACAAUUGAAUUGAUUACAUUAAUUUAUAUUCCAUUGUUAUAGUCGCCAUAAUAUCUGGCACAAUGUGUCAUGUUUCAGAAUUUCAAUUUAUACGAGUUCACAUCAAACAUCGUUGCUAUGGUCGACUGCGAACUAUGACCUUAAAUUUAACCAUGCAAAUAUUGAUGUUGAUAACAAUGAUCAUGAUGUUUAAGAUGCGGUUUGAUGAUGUUAUGUAUAAUACUUCAGAGCUAAUUGAAAUUGAAGCGCUGAUUUUUUUAAUUAGUAUUGUUAAAUCAGCGCUGACUAUGGCCGAAAGUUUCUUUUUUUGUUUUUACUAAUUGUAAUAUAUAAUAAUUGUUAUGAUUUAUUACAUGUUACUUUGAAAGAAAACGUUCAAUAAAUACCAUUUUAUCUGUUACAAA